AGUCAGCCACGGUCCCAGCCUGCCCCGCGCCGGCCAACGAGAGCAAAGCCAGUGACUCACCUCCGCCGCGCUAACUCCGCGCUCCUCCUCGCCUCACACGCUCACACCCGGCUCGAGAUGGCGGCGGCCGCGGCGGCGGCGGGGGACUCAGACUCCUGGGACGCGGACACGUUCACGGUGGAAGACCCGGUGCGGAAGGUGGGGGGCGGCGGCACCGCCGGCGGGGACCGCUGGGAAGGCGAGGACGAGGAUGAGGACGUCAAGGAUAACUGGGAUGAUGAAGAGGAGGAAAAAAAAGAGGAGGCAGAAGUAAAACCAGAAGUAAAAAUUUCAGAAAAGAAAAAAAUAGCCGAGAAAAUAAAAGAGAAAGAACGACAACAAAAGAAACGGCAAGAAGAAAUUAAAAAGAGGUUAGAAGAACCUGAAGACUCUAAAGUGCUAACACCAGAAGAACAAUUAGCAGAUAAACUGCGGCUAAAGAAAUUACAGGAAGAGUCAGACCUUGAAUUAGCAAAAGAAACCUUUGGUGUUAAUAAUACAGUUUGUGGAAUAGAUGCUAUGAAUCCAUCUUCAAGAGAUGACUUCACAGAGUUUGGAAAGUUACUAAAAGAUAAAAUUACACAAUAUGAAAAGUCACUAUAUUAUGCCAGUUUUUUGGAAGCCUUAGUUCGAGACGUGUGUAUUUCAUUGGAAAUUGAUGACUUGAAAAAGAUUACCAAUUCAUUGACUGUACUUUGCAGUGAAAAACAGAAGCAAGAAAAGCAAAGCAAAGCCAAAAAGAAGAAGAAAGGUGUCGUGCCUGGAGGAGGACUAAAGGCCACCAUGAAAGACGAUCUGGCAGAUUAUGGUGGUUAUGAUGGAGGAUAUGUACAAGAUUAUGAAGACUUCAUGUGACAUUUUAUCUUCUUCUGGUGUCUUCUUUCUGUUGCCCACAAUCCCUUCAACAUGUAGCACAACUUCCUUUCCUUUCAGUUCUGCCAAAUGCUACAAUCAGAAGUGCAGUAUCUUUUGUGCUGGUUAUUUAACCCCUUGACAACACUUAGGUGCUAAUGUGCAUAUGAGGGAACUUGGAUCUUGCUGCCAAGGGGUUAAAAUUGGGAACCUCAGUUGCUACAAAAAUCAUAGUUUAAAAACAAAAAAACAACCUAAUAAUGUUGUCAUUGUUGCUAUUGGAUCCCAUAGCAGCAGUCACUAAAUUGGAAACAAAAGGUUGCAAGUGAAAAAAAAAUUGUGUAGUAUUUACCAGCACCAUUCAGUAAUACAGCCUUAACCAUACCUCCUUGAACUACUUCAUAACUUGUCAAGAAAAGCAGUUUGCAGCAAGGGCAUGUGGUGUGCACCUAGUAUUAAAAUUGCUUUGUCUUAAAACUGAGUGUGAGGAUAUUAAAAAUACUGAAGAAGACUAUCAGUGAAGAUACAGUGCUGAAAAGCACUAGUUUGAUACUUAUUAAAUGACCAAAACCCUCCAACUUUGAAGCAGAAGAAGGUAAACCUCUCCAUUAUUGCGUUAUAAAUUGUGGGAUUUCUUGAUUGCAUAGACUCUAGCUUAUCAGACAAUACAGAUGGCAGAGAGAAACUCUUACCUUUAUUUGCCUCAUUUAAGUGUCUAAGAAACAAAUCUCCUUUGUUCUCCUAGGCUGCAAUGAAACAACUUUAACAGGGUUUUGGCAUUUUCUUUCCUUUAUAAAACAUGCUCAGCAAACUGCACCGGUUAAUUACAGUUUGACAAAUUGUUAUGUUAACAAUUAUGACAUCUGCAAUGUUUUAUAAAGCAACUAAUUUAAUAAAAUCACUAUUGUGAGGACAGAAGUUUUGUUUUAACUCCCAAGAGAUAUUUUUGGAAAAUAUAGACCAUAGCUCUUGGGACUAGAGUUCUCCAUAGACUUAACAAAGCUUAAUAAAUGCUGAUGAGUAGUUAAACAGCUUUAAAACAAAAAUGAGUACCAGGUCCUUAAUAAUGUUACCAUAUAUAAGGUAUAGGACUGCCUUCCUCUUAUUUAUGUGGGGGAGAUUAUUGGUUUGUCAGAUGCUAAGGCCUCAUUAAGUACCUAGAAAAACUAUUUAUUUGGAGUAAUAACUUAUAACUCAGGUUGUGGCUGUAAGCAUAGAUUGGGUGGUUUUUAGAUUUCAAGUGAAUUAACCAAAUUUUUGGUUUAAAUCUUUUUUAAACCAUUAUGAACAAAAAUCGUUUUUAAUUUCUCUUAGGAAAUAGGCGCAUCAAUCAGAGCUUUGUAGACCACUAAGUGGAAGAGACAGGCCCUCUUAAGUGACAAAGGAAAUAACAGCAGUGACUAAACAGCAAUAAGUAUAGCAAAAUAAAGAUUGCUUUAAGGCAGACAAGGGCUAAGAUUUCCUU